GGCCAGUCUAUUACGUACGCUUUGCAGACUAGGUUUACUGUAAGCAAAAUUACUGAGUAUGGAUUAUCGUUUGGUGCCAUGUGGUGAGUUAUCCGGCAGUUUGACUUUAAAAAGCCAGUGAAAGAAAACGCAUUAUGGAUGUAAAGAGUGAAAUCAAUGAGAACACCGAAGGCAGGCGAGAGAAAAACCCGUUUGGGAGCACGAACUGAAGAGAAAUCAUUGUUUUGUGGGGGAAUACAUAUGCAUAUGCGAGUAUAAAAACAAUGUACGCUCGCUGAGAGAAUUCAGUUGUUGCUCAAAGGCCACAUUAUAAAAGUCGAGGGCGAUAGCCGGUUUAUAAAAAGAAAUUAAUUUACACACUCGAAGCCGCUGGUGAAAAACAGUACCAGCAGUCGGAGCAGGCAGUUAAUUACCCUUUCCGAUAAUCAAGCUAGUGAAUCCCCGGCGAAACGGCCAACCGGAGAGAUAUAGUGAACACCGUUUGUGGAGGUGACUCAUCAGUACACUGCAAUUACAUAAAUUUAUGAAAACGAGCACACCUCAUCCACGGUCGAUUUGGAUACUUACAGGUUGCUGGUUGCUCCCCCUGCUCGGCCUAGCCCUCUUCCCGUUUCCACCGGUCCACACGGCUGACGUCACCAUGGCUGACGCCGCCCACCAGGAGUUCGCCCGCCGGCUGGCCCUUUUCUCUAUCAACGUGUACGGCAAGCUGUCGGGGCAGAAGCCCGGCGAGAACAUCGUCUUCUCGCCCUUUUCCAUCCAGACUUGUGCGGCGAUGGCCAGGCUGGGUGCAGAAAACGAGACGGCUACCCAGCUGGACCAGGGACUGGGCUUGGCCUCUAGUGACCCAGAGCAAAUCGCACACAGUUUUCACCAGGUGCUGGCCGCCUACCAGGACAGUCAGAUCUUGCGCAUCGCCAACAAGAUUUUCGUCAUGGAUGGCUACCAGCUGCGCCAGGAGUUUGAUCAGCUGUUAUCCAAGCAGUUCCUCUCGGCGGCUCAGAGCGUGGACUUUUCCAAAAAUGUACAAGCAGCGGCCACCAUCAACAAUUGGGUUGAGCAGCGCACCAACCAUCUGAUCAAGGACCUUGUGCCGGCUGAUGUAUUGAACUCCGAAUCGCGACUCGUCCUUGUGAACGCCAUUCACUUCAAGGGCACCUGGCAGCACCAGUUCGCCAAACACUUAACCCGCCCAGACACCUUUCACCUGGAUGGGGAGCGAACAGUUCAGGUUCCGAUGAUGAGUUUAAAGGAGCGGUUCCGCUACGCCGAUCUGCCGGCGCUAGAUGCCAUGGCUCUGGAACUGCCCUACAAGGACUCAGACCUCUCUAUGCUGAUCGUACUGCCCAACACCAAGACGGGUCUGCCCGCUCUGGAGGAGAAGUUGCGCCUCACGACCCUCUCGCAGAUCACGCAGUCGUUGUACGAAACAAAGGUAGCGCUCAAAUUGCCCAGGUUCAAGGCAGAGUUCCAAGUGGAAUUGUCUGAGGUUUUCCAGAAGCUGGGCAUGUCAAGGAUGUUCUCCGAUCAGGCUGAAUUUGGAAAAAUGCUACAAAGUCCGGAGCCAUUGAAAGUGUCAGCCAUCAUACACAAGGCCUUCAUUGAAGUCAACGAGGAGGGAACGGAGGCUGCGGCCGCCACGGGAAUGGUCAUGUGCUACGCCUCCAUGCUCACGUUCGAACCGCAGCCCGUCCAAUUCCAUGUCCAGCAUCCAUUUAACUAUUACAUUAUCAAUAAGGAUUCUACUAUUUUGUUUGCGGGAAGAAUCAAUAAGUUUUGAAGUAUGUUUAUGAGCCUUACUUCGCUGCCCAUGCCGAAGCCGGAUCCGAUACGUUUCAAUGUCGACCAUCCAUUUACAUUUUACAUCCUUAACAAGGACUCAACCGCUCUCUUCGCUGGCAGCAUAAAGAAACUCUAAAUAGGCAAACAUACUAACCAAUCCACAAUGUUACUCGAGGGUCUCGUAUUCAUUUAACGUGCAAGCGGGUCAGUCCUAUAUUGCUGGCUUGACGAGCAUAUUCAGCUUUUACAUUGUCUAUAAGGAUUCACAAAAUUAUAGUCUGUGCGCAAUUGAUGAUCUUAUAUAUACACUUAAUAUUUUUAUACUAACCAAGCAUGUAGCCGUAGCCUCAAUAAAGUCUAAAAGCAAAUGUCU